GCCAGGCUGAUAGCACCUGUCAGUAGGGAUGAAGUGUAUAGUGCGUUGAAGCAGAUGGGGCCGAGGAACGCCCCCGGGAAAGAUGGUUUGUCGGCCUAUUUUUUCAGAAAUAUUAGGGAAUUGUGGGCGAUGAGGUGACAGCAGCAGUAAUCAGGAUAGUUGAGACAUGGAUUAUGCCUAAGGUGAAGCAACCGAAAUCACCAAAAGAAUUCAGGCCUAUAAGUUUUUGCAAUGUCUUGUACAAGCUAGUUGCGAAAGUGUUGGCAAAGAGGCUAAAACCGAUAUUGGAUAAAAUCAUAUCUCCGGAGCAAAGCGCCUUUGUCCCGGGUUGUUUUAUAGAGGAUAACAUCAUCACUGCUUUUGAAUGUUUUCACUCGAUGAAGAAGAAGACAAAAGGAAGAGCGGGGUUUUUUGAAGCCAAAGUUGACAUGGCAAAAGCAUAUGAUCGAGUAGAGUGGCAUUUCCUGGAGGGAGUAAUGUGGAGAAUGGAUUUUGACGAAUAGUGGAUACGCAUAGUCAUGAUGUGCGUUACUAGUGUAUCAUUCUCAGUGCUGGUAAACGGGCAUCAAUCCCCUAGUUUUACACCGGAGAGAGGGAUUCGACAAGGAGAUCCGUUGUCCCCUUAUCUAUUUCUGCUCUGUGCGGAAGGAUUAUCAGCUUAUACUAGAAAAGCAGUAGAAGAGAAAAGGAUUCAUGGACUCCAAGUGGCACAACGAGCCCCAGUGGUGUCACACUUGUUUUUUGCUGACGAUAGCAUUUUCUUUUGCAGGGCUACUAUUGAUGAAUGCAAAGAGUUAAAAAAGAUUUUUCAGGACUAUGAAGCGGAGUCAUGACAACUUGUGAGUUUUUCCAAAUCCGAAGUGUCGUUUAGUGGAAAUGUGAAGACUCACCGAAGAUUGGAGGUGGGUGGUGUUAUGGGGAUGAAGGUGGUGGAGAAACACGAUAAGUACUUAGGCCUUGCGACGGAAGCAAGACGCUCAAAAAAAGAUAUGUUUAUUGGUGGACGAGAAAGAGUCAAAAGCAAACUAAAGGGCUGGAAAGAACGUACUAUUUCGGUUGCAGCUAGGGAAGUCAUGAUCAAAGCAGUAGCGCAAGCACAGUUGACCUAUGCAAUGUCAGUUUUUCGGCUCCCAGAAGGUGUCAUCAAUGAGGUACAUAGCCUCACGAUAGAGCAAUAAUUACACAUGUUUGCACCCUUAGUUCUUAUCAGUUUGCGGCUCGUAGUCGUGUAUUUUUUGCUCGUUUUACGCUGGGUUGUGCUACUUUGUCAUAUUUCAGGUCCCAGACGUCGAAGGAAAGGCUAAGCACGAGAUUCGGGGCGUUUGGAGGUCAUUCGGUCGAGCUGGGGGCAAAACACGGGCAGGUGGCCCGAGGAACACGGCCGUGUACACAAACAGGCACGCCAGUGUUUUUAUGUGCGAGAGCUGAACUGAUGGAAAAGCAAAACACGGGUUGGCCUAAAGAAAAACACGGUCGUGUCCAUAUUUAGGCACGAUUGUGUCUUGGCCGACGCGGGCGUGUUUUUAACACGUGGCAAGGGCACGGAUGGGCAAAAGCAAAACACGGCCGUGCCCUCGACCGUGUUUUGCCCAGAAUCGGGUUUCUGAGGCAGAUUCAAGCCAAAGGAAAGCGGGAGCUGGGUUUUGGAUCCGAAACACCCAAGGGACGAACCAAAGGGAGAAAGGGCAAUUUGAGGGCAUUCUAAGAGUGGAAUUGGAGGAUUUCUUCGCCUUGGAAGCUUGAGGAACAAGCCCGGACUUGAAGACUGAUCAUCUAAAGAUUCUUACUGCAGUCUCUCUCUUCUCUAUGGAGUAACUUCCUUUCACUUAGGUUUUGAGGAACCCUAGCCAUGUUUGUUUGAUUGGAUGAUUGUAUGAGUACUCCUACUUGAUAAUCUUGAGUUCAUAUUCAAUCUAUGCAUGUUUUCAUGAUUCAAUUCUGCUUUAGUUGAGAUUAUUGAUUCUGCUUUGAUCCUAUGAGAGCGAAUACCUGAUUAGGUCAAUAGAGCACCAUAGAUUGAUAGUAUUGGAUCGAUUGCUUUAGUCUAGGGUAGAUUCACUGCUUUGUAUCGAUUGAGAACCUCUUUCGAUAGAGGGAGUCUAGUUCAGAACGCCUUGUUCGGUUGUUCUAGAGAAGGAUACGUCCCUCUAGGCAAUUGACUCAAGAGGGCCUUGUUCCUUUAGUCGAGACUCAAGGUCUAGUCAAGGAUUCUCCGCAUUGUGAAUGAAAGUGAAACAGGUUAGAGAUCAUCAAUCAUUAAUCUGGCUAGUGGAUAGGGGGAAUCAUACCUAAGUGAGUUCCCAACCUGUAAUUAGAUUAACUUUAACUAUAGUUUGCUAGAGUAGUUUUAGUUCUUUUGUCUUAAUCUGGUUUGCUAGAUAAUGAACUGAAGAUGAGUAAUAGUAACUCUAGAGACCCGUGGAUUCAAUAUUUAUUACUUGAGCCACUAUAAUGCAGUCCCUUUCAUUGGUUACACUUGGCUUUUGUUAGGAGUUUUGUCAUAGCGAGUCAAGUUUUUGGCGCCGUUGCGGGGACUUUCUAGAUUAUUAGGAAAGGCAGAAGUUUGUUACUUUAGCGUUUUUCUUUUCUUUUCCACCCUUGCUUUUCACUUGGGUGUUUUUGUUUUUGUUGGUGCAGAUCUGAAUCAUGGAUCCUCAUGGCUUCUCCAAUCAUUGGGGGUAUCCACUACCGUCCGAGUGGUAUUACCCCGAGACUCCCUGGAGCAAUCAAGGAGGAUAAGACUAUGGAUUCGGGUUCCAGUACCAACCCCCUUACUACGGAGAAAAAUCAGACCCUUGGGCAUAUCAAGAACAACCUCAUUACCAAGAAGACUUUCUCCCACAACCAGAAGGGCCAUCGACGCUCGGAUUACCCAUGGCGGCCUUCACGAGCCAUUCUGCAGAGCCAUGCUACACUCCACAACCAGAUCCAAACUAUGAAUUAAGGCUUCUCAUGGAGCAGUUUGCUCGAGACAGUGUGAGAUCAUGGUCCAGGAUGGAUCUUUGUACCCAGACCUAUCGUGAAACAGAGGAGAUCCUCCUGAUCAUUAAGAAGAGCAUCGAUGAUCUUGAGCGAUCUUAUGCACAACCUGCUCCAGAUCGCCCUUCUACUACCAUACUAGAAGAGGUGGAGGAAGAAGAAGGCCAUAAGGACAUUGUGGAGCACACUAAAGUUGUCACGGAGAGCUCCUGUGAUGAUCAUGAUCAGGAAUGUCCUGUCGUAGCCGACCACACCUUCCCACAUCCCAAACUGAGCUUUGAAGAGGCGGACAUGAGUGAGGAGAUGCAAGAAGAUCUCAUGAAGGAAAUUGCUUGGCAACUUGCUCUCAAAUCCGUGCUAGAAGAAGAAGAGCGAGAAAGGGUGCAGAAAGAAGUUGUGGAGGAUGACGAAAGUGAAGUAGAAGGAGUUCUUGAUCAUUUACCAGGGGUGAUACCACAUGAAGAAGGAAGGGAGGUUGCAGAAGCAAUUGGCGUCCAGGCCGGGGACGAAGUUGAGGUGGAAGAGGCUUGCACCGGCCAUGAGUUACAUGUGAUAUCUCCACCAAACUUCGAGGAACUGCUUAGCAAGGACCCAUUUGCAUUGUCUCUUUGCCAGACCACGGCCACGUCAACAUCGGUUCCUCUUGGUGGACGCAAUGGUGGUCAAUCAUUGUCGUCAUAUCUGGUUUGGGGCAAUGAGACGAGAGAAGAGAAGAAGAGGUCUCGAGGGUGGAGACGUUAUCUGCAUCAAGUGCAUGAGCUUCCAUCACCUAUCAUACCACAUGCUUGUGACUUGAGACUCCACCUCAUCGACGAGAACCUCAACUUCAAGGAGGUUUUGGGGUGGAACGAACCUUAGGAGCCAUCGUCCUGCUCACGACGUAAAAGAAGCGCUUGUUGGGAGGCAACCCAACCAUUCGGUUUGCAUUUAUUUCUCUUUUUCUCCUUGGUUGAGUCAGUUUUGUUAUUUGAUUUUAGAGUCAAUAACUCAACCUUUGAGAGAUUUUGUGUGGUGUUUGUGUUCCGACUACUCUCUCCUCCUGGAAUGCACUGCCUGCCUCGUCCAACAUCAUUCACCCUUGAUCUGGUAACUUCGUUCUACCCUCCUUAUCUUUCCUCCAUUGAGGACAAUGUCGUGCUUAAGUGUGGGGGGAUGUUCGAUUAUGUAUGCGGGUGAAUGUUUGGCUGUUUGUGUGCUUGGAGCCUAAUCCACUGUCCAAAUUUUUAAAUUUGAGGGCUCCAAGUACGUGUUUCCUUGCAAAUUACCUGCUCAGUAUGUUUUGAAUUGACAGUCUCUAUAGUAAUGUGAAACCUAGGGAGGUAGUGUAGCACUAUGGAGGAUGUUGAAGAAUAAGAUUUUUCCUAUCUAGCUCUCUGUUGUGCCAGUUGAUUUUGUGAAUUAGUGGAGCUAAGACCGUUGAAUUCAUGUGGUAAUGGUGACUCUGUUUGGAUUGUGUUAUGGACUCGUGUAUCGAACAGGGUGCUCAUGUGGAAAAUGAAAAGCAGUUGGUCCUCCAUGUCGAAAUCAUCGAAAUCUUAAACAUGGGGUAAGCCCAACAUGUGUGGCACCGUUCAUUGCACAAAAUCGAGUUUUGGAGGCGAUUUUAGUGAUCCUUAGUGGGGUACCCCCACAAGGUGAAGCUAGGCUAUCUCUAGUACAAGUAAAACUUCCACCCGUUGAACGGUUUGCCUACUUGAGGAUGUGCUUUUAAGGGAACGGAUAGAACUUCUGACCCCCUUAAUUUCAUUGACCCUCCACACGAGUUGAGGAAAAGGAGUUAAAAGAAGUACUCUGGCGAGCGCCAGAUGUGCAGAAAUUGCUCUUGCUCGACUAAUAAGGGUCGGCCGGGCAAAAGACUGCAGUUGGAACCCCCACAAAGUGAAUGAAAAGAAAAGAAAAAAAACUUAAAUGAAAGUGAGAAAGGGGUUCCAACGGUGAAAUGAAGUGAAAGAGCACCCCGGUACAACGAGUCCUUGGUUGUGAAUGGUGUUAGUCCCUUUAUCCAUGAAAUGACUGUCUUACUUCUACUUCUUCUCAUGAUCCUGGCUUGAGUCUAGUACUCGCAUUGAGAGAGAUAGGGGACGUCUUAGAAGACCAGUUGACCUCGUAAGCUGCUUUAUGAUCUAGAAAAUCCUCUACCGGCGAUCGGGGUUGUUUGUUGCUAUAGAGGUCUGGAGAGUUGCAUUGGUUUGAGUUAGGUUUGCUUGGGGACAAGCAAACGGUUAAGUGUGGGGGAGUUUGAUAGAGCAAUAAUUACACAUGUUUGCACCCUUAGUUCUUAUCCCUUUGCGGCUAGUAGUCGUGUAUUUUUGGCCCGUUUUACGCUGGGUUGUGCUACUUUGUCAUAUUUCAGGCCCCAGACGUCGAAGGAAAGGCUAAGCACGAGAUUCGGGGCGUUUGGAGGUCAUUCGGUCGAGCUGGGGGCAAAACACAGGCAGGAGGCCUGAAGAACACGGCCGUGUACACAAACAGGCAUGCCAGUUUUUAUGUGCGAGAGUUGAACUGAUGGAAAAGCAAAACACGGAUUGGCCUAAAGAAAAACACGGUCGUGUCCAUAUUUAGGCACGACUGUGUUUUGGCCGACGCGGGCGUGUUUUUAACAUGUGGCAAGGGCACUGAUGGGCAAAAGUAAAACACGGUCGUGCCU